AUGGAUCCUCAUCCAAUGGACGACCACUCUCAGAACUACAUCCCUCAGACCUACCCCAUGUAUGGAUCCGAAGACGACCAGUCCUAUAUGCUGUAUUCCCAACAAAUGCCCGCUUCGUAUCAAGUCGUGCAUCCUGGCCCCCCUCCGCGUGGAUCUGAUACGCUUACUCGUCGCAUUGUCAUUCUAUUGCAAUGCGCAACAACAGGCCAGCUUUCCGAGACGGAUCUACACCAAGCGAUGCAAUAUCAGAGGUCGUUGAACUUGAUACCACAGCAAUAUGGCGCCCCCGUGUACAACGCAUCGCCGCCUCAUGGUGUGAUGCCUCUCUCCGCGUCCCCCCCUCCCCAAUCACCGAAUAUGUACGACCCCCUUUCCCCUCCUGUGUCCGGAUCGGACACCUCCGCAGACGGGAUCUAUCAUCACUCCCGCAAUAGCUCGGCUACGGGCUCCCCGUCCUCCUCCCGUGCCAAUUCGCUCGUGCAUAGGAACCCGUUGCGGUAUAACCCGACGCCGUCGCCUACGAGCUCAUCCGCUGGUCGGCGCAGUCGAGGUCGCUCCAUCUCGGACGACGAGGAUUCUUUUAACAUGGCAGAGACAUUAGCCAAUACCAGGAAGGAAGCGACUCGAAGACAAAGGAUCGAGGCUGAGCAGAGGCGUCGGGACGAGCUCCGCGACGGCUAUGCUAGGUUGAAGGAUGUUUUGCCAGUUUCGAACCAGAAAAGCAGCAAGGUCUCUUUGUUGGAACGCGCCUGCAACCACAUUACGUCUCUCGAAAAAUCGAACAAGGCACUGCAAGCUCGGCUUGCUCAAGUAGAGCUGGAGGUGGGAAGACUCCGCUCACUUAACGAGAAGAUCUCGCUAGGCGUCGGCAACUCGCCGUCUCCCAGCCAGGUAAACAUGGACUCCCGGCCGUUGUCUCCUCCGCCCGAAGAUUCACAGACCUCGCAGCCCCAUCAGCUCGCCUCUGUCGCCGGGCAGGCUCCUCCUCGAGAAGACUCAAGAAGUCCGUCCGCCUCGGAAGCAGGCUUCUGA